CAGGCUCAGUAGUUGUGGCUCACGGGUCCAGUUGCUCCGCGGCAUGUGGGAUCUUCCCAGACCAGGGCUCGAACCCGUGUCCCCUGCAUUGGCAGGCAGAUUCUCAACCACUGCGCCACCAGGGAAGCCCCCUGACUUCUUGACUUUUCUGUGUUUCUUUCAUUGUCAGCUAGUUCCCCCCAAAAGGUGGCAAGAUAACCACCAAGAACUUCAAGUUUAUAUUUUAUUUCCUUAGCCAUCCCAGAGGGGGGAAUAUUUAUUUCCCAGUAGUUCUAGCAAAGAUCCCAGGAUUGCAUCUCAUUUGGCCUAAUUUGGGUCACUAACACACCUCCACCCUCACCCCAACCAGUCAGUGUAGCCUGAUGUGGCAGGGAUGGAAUGCUUUGAUUUGUCAGGCCAGGGUUAUCUGCAUACACUGAAACUGCAGAGUAAGGCAGCCGCACUAAACCACAUGGCCUGAGAGAGUGGGAGGAAAGGUAGAUUCCCAAGGGAAAAUUGGUAUUCUUACCAGAAGAAAGAGGAAUGGAUGCUGGGCAGGUAAAAUCAGUAGUCAACCUGUAGAAGGUGGGCAGGAACCACAGGUCAUGGGUUACAUGCAUAGUGGUCCAUUUGAGUGGCCUUACCCUCUUACCCUGGGUUGUACAAAUGCCCUCAAAUCAAUUCAGCAAACGUCUCCUGAGUAUUUGCCAUGUACAAGGUCCAGUACCUUCCAUAUAAUAGAUGCACAGCUAGACAGUCCCCUGCCACCAGCCCCAGUAAGGCAAUUACCAGACUCAAGCUACUGCUUUCUCCCUGAGGAGUAUAACAGGCAAAUUCCUAUUCGUCUCUCAGAAACCAGCUCUGAUGUCCUCUCCCAUGAAGCCUUCUCUUGACUACCUCCCGUCAGGGUUAGUCAUCUUCCGUUCACCUCUGAACUUGGUACAUACUGCUAUUGUUAUCACACUGUCAUAAUUUAUUGAUUCUCCUCUCUGUCUCCCACUGAUGAGUGGCAUCUCUGUAUCCCCAGUGCCCAAGAUAUAAUAGAUGCUCAGAAAUGUUUACUGACCUGAGUUAAAAUGAGUUCCCAGGAAUGUCCCAGCCUCAGUCUUCUAUGGAAUAUUCCUGAAACCCUUUAGCUUCCCUUCCCAACUGGCCUUUUCAAGAGCCAGUUUGCCACUACCUCAAUUCAACUGAACUAAUCCUAGCUGAAUGCCUAUCUCGUGCCAGGUGGUGUUAGGCUUUGGGGAUUCAGUAAUUAACAAGAUACACUUCAAAUUCAGGACUCCAAAGAGGUCAGAAAGAGCUCUUCUAACCAGACUUUCCUUGGCUGGAAAAAGAAAAAGCAGGCUUUGUGAUCUGCUUUGUGACCCAGUCAUUCUCCCUCCCUGGGCCUCUUUUUCCCCAGAAAGGAAGGCCUGACUUGGUAUAAAAUCUAUAAUAGAUGUAUAUGUGUUAAACUCCAUAUUUCCAUUUGCCUAGGCUAAAAACCUCGGAGUAAUCCUGAUCUUCUCUUUCUUCCACACACCUAUCCAAAUUUGUCAACAAAUCUUGUUGACUUUACCUUCAAAUCCAGACUCCAACCAUGUCUCAUCACCUCACCCAGUCUGGUACAAACUAUCAACAUCUCUUGCUAAGAUCACUGCCAAAGCAUCCUGGUCUCCCUGAUUCCACCCUUGUGCCACUACAGUCUAUUCUCACAGGGCAGCUGGUGAUUCUUUAAAAAUGGAAGUUCAGGUGGCUUCCCUGGUGGUGCAGUGGUUAAGAAUCCGCCUGCCAAUGCAGGAGACAGUGGUUUGAGCCCUGCACCGGGAAGUUCCCACAUGCCAUGGAGCAACAAAGCCUGUGCUCCACAACUACUAAGUCUGUGCGCCUAGAGCCUGUGCUCCGCGACAAGAGAAGCCACCGCAAUGAGAAGCCCGCACAUGGCAAUGGAGACCCAAUGCAGCCAAUAAUUAAUUAAUUAAUUAAUUAAUUUAAAAAAUGGAUGUACAAACCCUCCACUAGCUCCCACCUCAUUCAGAGUAAAAGCCACAGGUCCAUUCCUUCUCAUGUCUGACUCUCAUGUCUAUUCCAUUCCAAGCCACACUGGCCUCCUUGCUGUUUCUUAAACACACCAGGCAUGCUUGUACCUGAGGGCCCUUCCAAUGACUUUUCCCCUCUGCCUGGACUGCCCGCUUUCUCCAGACAUUUGCAGCACUGACUCACUCAUUUCCUUCAAGUGUUUGUUCAAAAGUCACCUUCUCAAUGAAGCCUACUGACUACCCUAUUUAAAAUUGCAACCUCCCAUCCCCCUUUCCUGUUUUCCUCCACAGUAAUCAUUCCCUUCUAACAUACUGCAGAAUUUACUAAUUUUUUUAUCCAUCUCCUCCCAUUUAACUGUAAGCUCUGUGAGUAUCUAUUAAUUAAAUAUCUACUAAAUCAUUUAAUUAACUGACUAUUGUUGUCUAUUAUGUACCAAAGACUGUGCUAAGUAACAGAGGUACCAGACGAUUGAGACGUCUUAUAGGUCUUAUGAGGGAAGAAAUCAUAACGGUUGCUAGUAGCAGCUCAUUUAUCGAGUGCUUCCUCUGUGUUGAGUGCUUGCCAUGUAUCAUGAUAGUAAUGACAGCGAACAUUAAUUACAACAGACUCUGAAAAAAACAAAAACAGACUCUGUUCUACAUGCAUUAUUUCACCUUAUAGGCCACCAAGGCCUAUAAGGUGAAUAUUACCAGUAAAGAGCAAGAAACAGGAUUUCAAGUCUUGGAACUGGCAGAAUCAGGAAUUGAACUAAGGUGGUGGAAGACGGAUAGGGUCAGAUGUGAUAAAUAAUUAGGACUUAGGGUCAGCAAUACUAGGUGGAAGAUUGGAUGUGGGGGUAGAAGGAAAUGGGGAAAUAACUCCCAGGUUUUGAUUGGGGUGGACCUAAGAGCAAUAAGGCCAAAGAGAAAAGAUGAAAGCCCAACUUGGGACGCGAUGAGUUUGAGGCGCCGGAGGAACACUCAUGGAUGCAGGAACCGAGAGGCUAUUCCGGCCCCCUCCCUCGGCCCUGAAGAGGUGCUGGGAGAAGGCACGCAAGGUAAGAGAAGAAGGUGAGUUCCCCUCCCUCUCGGGCUUUUCAGCAGCAUCUGCAGGAAACGCGUGGGGGACCGCGAGACAAAGAGCGCGCGGGACUGCCUUGGUCCGAGCGGCCCCUUUAAGAAGCGCGCCCCCAGCUUCUAGCCCGCCUUGUAUGCAAAUUUGGCGGCGAGGCGGGAGCGCGCAGCUGAUACCAGGGGACUGGGCUGCGGCGGUUAGUCCUCUCCCGGCCGCCGUCGCCUCCGACAUAUUGCCCGCUGGAGCUGCGGCGGCGAAGCGGAGAGCGCCGGGGGGAGGAGAUGGGAGGACGAAGAGGUCCCAACAGGACAUCCUACUGUCGAAAUCCACUCUGUGAGCCAGGAUCCUCUGGGGGCUCAGGUGGGGGCCACACUUCCAGCGCAUCAGUCACCAGUGUCCGUUCCCGCACCAGGAGCAGUUCUGGGACGGGCCUCUCCAGCCCCCCACUGGCCACCCAGACGGUCGUGCCCCUGCAGCACUGCAAGAUCCCCGAGCUGCCAGUCCAGGCCAGCAUUCUGUUUGAGUUGCAGCUCUUCUUCUGCCAGCUCAUAGCCCUCUUCGUCCACUACAUCAACAUCUACAAGACAGUGUGGUGGUAUCCGCCCUCCCACCCGCCCUCCCACACCUCCCUGAAUUUCCACCUGAUCGACUUCAACUUGCUGAUGGUGACCACCAUUGUUCUGGGCCGCCGCUUCAUUGGGUCCAUCGUGAAGGAGGCUUCUCAGAGGGGGAAGGUCUCCCUCUUUCGCUCCAUCAUGCUGUUCCUCACCCGCUUCACCGUUCUCACGGCAACAGGCUGGAGUCUGUGCCGCUCCCUCAUCCACCUCUUCAGGACCUACUCCUUCCUGAACCUCCUGUUCCUCUGCUAUCCGUUUGGGAUGUACAUUCCGUUCCUGCAGCUGAACUGUGACCUCCGCAAGACAAACCUCUUCAGCCACAUGGCCUCCAUGGGUCCCCGGGAGGCGGUCAGUGGCCUGGCACGGAGCCGGGACUACCUGCUGACACUGCGGGAGACGUGGAAGCAGCACACGAGGCAGCUGUACGGCCCGGACGCCAUGCCCACCCACGCCUGCUGCCUGUCGCCCAGCCUCAUCCGCAGUGAGGUGGAGUUCCUCAAGAUGGACUUCAACUGGCGCAUGAAGGAGGUGCUGGUCAGCUCCAUGCUGAGCGCCUAUUAUGUGGCCUUUGUGCCUGUUUGGUUCGUGAAGAACACACAUUACUAUGACAAGCGCUGGUCCUGCGAGCUCUUCCUGCUGGUGUCCAUCAGCACCUCGGUGAUCCUCAUGCAGCACCUGCUGCCUGCCAGCUACUGCGACCUGCUGCAUAAGGCCGCUGCCCACCUGGGCUGCUGGCAGAAGGUGGACCCAGCACUGUGCUCCAAUGUACUGCAGCACCCGUGGACUGAAGAAUGCAUGUGGCCACAGGGCGUGCUGGUGAAGCACAGCAAGAACGUCUACAAAGCAGUGGGCCACUACAACGUGGCCAUCCCCUCCGACGUCUCCCACUUCCGGUUCCACUUCUUUUUCAGCAAACCCCUGCGGAUCCUCAACAUCCUUUUGCUGCUGGAGGGCGCUGUCAUCGUCUACCAGCUGUACUCCUUAAUGUCCUCUGAUAAGUGGCACCAGACCAUCUCACUGGCACUCAUCCUCUUCAGCAACUACUACGCCUUCUUCAAGCUGCUGCGAGACCGCCUGGUAUUGGGCAAGGCCUACUCGUACUCGGUCAACCCCCAGAGGGACCUAGACCACCGGUUCUCCUGAGCCCCAGGGCGACCCAGGGACAGCAUCCAGGCUUCAGCCAGGGGCUCCCUGGGAAUCGGCUGUUGGGGAGGGAUGGGUGGGGGGCAAAAAAAAAAAACAAAAACAGACAAAAAAAAUCCACCAGAGCUUUGUAUUUUUGUUACAUACUGUUUUUCUUUGAUAAUUGAUGUGAUUAUGAGGAGAAAAAAAAAGUCCUAUUUUUAUACUCCCAAUAAGCCUGUGUCCUGUA